AUCAGCGGUUACAACCUAUCGACUAAAAACACAGCUAAGAUCUCGCAAGACAACGGCUUCGGAAAUUGCUUGAGUAUUUCUGGUUAAGAAUCAAAAGGCUCUUGUUUCAUAAGCCUGACAUGUGUAAAAUGUUCAUCGGCUUAGUGAUGGUAUGACUAGGUCGUAAUGACGGAGACAGCGCGGGGUUCCCUCUACCUUGUUGUGAUUGUAUUGCGUCGUUCGAUGUGAAUAUGUCGUACGUUGAUGAGACCUCCGUUGCCGGUUUGAUGUGCAAUUUCUGGCUCGGGAAACCUGCAAUUUUGCUGUUUCAUCCUGAUGGAGGAAGACAAUGAAUUGAUAAACAAGGCCACGACACAGGCUACAACCCGAACUAACGGCCAAAAUGGAGAUUGGCGGGCGCUCUGCGACGCUAACCAGAGUCUUCGAAUUUAUUUUGUAAACUUGAAAACCAAGGCAACCCAGUGGCUACCUCCCCCAGAACUAUGGACAACACAACUUGGCCUGCCAUAUGGCUGGGAAAUUGGGAUAAAUGUGGAGAAUACUAAAUAUUAUAUCAACCAUGUCGGCAAGUCAGCAACAUGGGAGGAUCCUCGCUCCGAAGCAGAUCAAGCAACUCAUUUACAAAUGGCAGCACCAAGAACCAGGAAAAUCAUACUAAACAGAGAUUCAUCUAUUGGGUUCGGGUUCGUUGCAGGAAGUGAGAGGCCAGUGGUCAUACGCUCUGUUAUCACUGGUGGUCCGUCACAUGGAAAGUUGUUUGCUAACGAUCAGAUUCUCAGAGUUAAUGGUGAGGAUGUGAGUGACGUUACUCAAACACAAGUCAUCAAUCUUAUCAAGUCUUGCACCGGAGAUCUCGAGCUUCACGUCAUCGCAAGCGAGGAUUUACAAGAUGCCAAGAACCAGAACCAGCGGCGGUCUUCCUUGAUGAGUCGUGCUACUCGUGAGAGAAGACGGUCGGCCCCUGUCAACGUGCGCUUCGCUGAUGACAUUUCUUUAGUGCAGUAUAUAGGACCAGCGGAGCAAGCAAGAAGGUCGUCGCUACCUGUCCUUCCUAACGUACUGAAGGUCUUUCUGGAAAAUGGUCAGACGCGAUCUUUCCGCUACGACACCAAGACCUCAGUCCAGGAAAUAUUCGAGUCAUUUGGGCCAAAGCUUGGAAUCAACUCGUUAGAGCAUUUCUGUCUAGUCCUGAGUGGACCUCAAAAGGGACAGUUCUCCCUCAUUCAGAAUCACGAGAAGGUAUCAGAGGUGAGUGGACCUCAAAAGGGACAGUUCUCCCUUAUCCAGAAUCACGAGAAGGUAUCAGAGGUGAGUGGACCUCAAAAGGGACAGUUCUCCCUCAUUCAGAAUCACGAGAAGGUAUCAGAGGUGAGUGGACCUCAAAAGGGACAGUUCUCCCUCAUUCAGAACCACGAGAAGGUAUCAGAGGUGAGUGGACCUCAAAAGGGACAGUUCUCCCUCAUUCAGAACCACGAGAAGGUAUCAGAGGUGAGUGGACCUCAAAAGGGACAGUUCUCCCUCAUUCAGAACCACGAGAAGGUAUCAGAGGUGAGUGGACCUCAAAAGGGACAGUUCUCCCUCAUCCAGAAUCACGAGAAGGUAUCAGAGGUGAGUGGACCUCAAAAGGGACAGUUCUCCCUCAUUCAGAACCACGAGAAGGUAUCAGAGGUGAGUGGACCUCAAAAGGGACAGUUCUCCCUCAUUCAGAACCACGAGAAGGUAUCAGAGGUGAGUGGACCUCAAAAGGGACAGUUCUCCCUAAUCCAGAAUCACGAGAAGGUAUCAGAGGUGAGUGGACCUCAAAAGGGACAGUUCUCCCUCAUUCAGAAUCACGAGAAGGUAUCAGAGGUGAGUGGACCUCAAAAGGGACAGUUCUCCCUUAUCCAGAAUCACGAGAAGGUAUCAGAGGUGAGUGGACCUCAAAAGGGACAGUUCUCCCUCAUUCAGAAUCACGAGAAGGUAUCAGAGGUGAGUGGACCUCAAAAGGGACAGUUCUCCCUCAUUCAGAACCACGAGAAGGUAUCAGAGGUGAGUGGACCUCAAAAGGGACAGUUCUCCCUCAUUCAGAACCACGAGAAGGUAUCAGAGGUGAGUGGACCUCAAAAGGGACAGUUCUCCCUCAUUCAGAAUCACGAGAAGGUAUCAGAGGUGAGUGAACCUCAAAAGGGACAGUCCUCCCUCAUUCAGAAUCACGAGAAGGUAUCAGAGGUGAGUGGACCUCAAAAGGGACAGUCCUCCCUCAUUCAGAGUCACGAGAAGGUAUCAGAGGUGAGUGGACCUCAAAAGGGACAGUUCUCCCUCAUUCAGAACCACGAGAAGGUAUCAGAGGUGAGUGGACCUCAAAAGGGACAGUUCUCCCUCAUUCAGAACCACGAGAAGGUAUCAGAGGUGAGUGGACCUCAAAAGGGACAGUUCUCCCUCAUUCAGGACCACGAGAAGGUAUCAGAGGUGAGUGGACCUCAAAAGGGACAGUUCUCCCUCAUUCAGAACCACGAGAAGGUAUCAGAGGUGAGUGGACCUCAAAAGGGACAGUUCUCCCUCAUUCAGAACCACGAGAAGGUAUCAGAGGUGAGUGGACCUCAAAAGGGACAGUUCUCCCUAAUCCAGAAUCACGAGAAGGUAUCAGAGGUGAGUGGACCUCAAAAGGGACAGUUCUCCCUCAUUCAGAAUCACGAGAAGGUAUCAGAGGUGAGUGGACCUCAAAAGGGACAGUUCUCCCUUAUCCAGAAUCACGAGAAGGUAUCAGAGGUGAGUGGACCUCAAAAGGGACAGUUCUCCCUCAUUCAGAAUCACGAGAAGGUAUCAGAGGUGAGUGGACCUCAAAAGGGACAGUUCUCCCUCAUUCAGAACCACGAGAAGGUAUCAGAGGUGAGUGGACCUCAAAAGGGACAGUUCUCCCUCAUUCAGAACCACGAGAAGGUAUCAGAGGUGAGUGGACCUCAAAAGGGACAGUUCUCCCUCAUUCAGAAUCACGAGAAGGUAUCAGAGGUGAGUGGACCUCAAAAGGGACAGUUCUCCCUCAUUCAGAAUCACGAGAAGGUAUCAGAGGUGAGUGGACCUCAAAAGGGACAGUUCUCCCUCAUCCAGAAUCACGAGAAGGUAUCAGAGGUGAGUGGACCUCAAAAGGGACAGUUCUCCCUCAUUCAGAAUCACGAGAAGGUAUCAGAGGUAAGUGGACCUCAAAAGGGACAGUUCUCUCUCAUCCAGAAUCACGAGAAGGUAUCAGAGGUGAGUGGACCUCAAAAGGGACAGUUCUCCCUCAUUCAGAACCACGAGAAGGUAUCAGAGGUGAGUGGACCUCAAAAGGGACAGUUCUCUCUCAUCCAGAACCACGAGAAGGUAUCAGAGGUGAGUGGACCUCAAAAGGGACAGUUCUCCCUCAUUCAGAAUCACGAGAAGGUAUCAGAGGUGAGUGAACCUCAAAAGGGACAGUUCUCCCUCAUCCAGAAUCACGAGAAGGUAUCAGAGGUGAGUGGACCUCAAAAGGGACAGUCCUCCCUCAUUCAGAACCACGAGAAGGUAUCAGAGGUGAGUGGACCUCAAAAGGGACAGUUCUCCCUCAUUCAGAACCACGAGAAGGUAUCAGAGGUGAGUGGACCUCAAAAGGGACAGUUCUCCCUCAUUCAGAACCACGAGAAGGUAUCAGAGGUGAGUGGACCUCAAAAGGGACAGUUCUCCCUCAUUCAGAACCACGAGAAGGUAUCAGAGGUGAGUGGACCUCAAAAGGGACAGUUCUCCCUCAUUCAGAAUCACGAGAAGGUAUCAGAGGUGAGUGGACCUCAAAAGGGACAGUUCUCCCUCAUUCAGAAUCACGAGAAGGUAUCAGAGGUGAGUGGACCUCAAAAGGGACAGUUCUCCCUCAUUCAGAACCACGAGAAGGUAUCAGAGGUGAGUGGACCUCAAAAGGGACAGUUCUCCCUCAUUCAGAAUCACGAGAAGGUAUCAGAGGUGAGUGAACCUCAAAAGGGACAGUCCUCCCUCAUUCAGAAUCACGAGAAGGUAUCAGAGAUUUACACAGAUAGGAACUGCAGUAAAGGAUCCUGGGUCUGCAAGUUUCAGCUCUGCUUUCUUCCACGUAAUCCAGAUGCUCUCUUGGAAAAGGAUCCAGUUGCAUUCAAUUAUCUGUACGAUCAGAUCAGCAACAACAUCGUUGAGGGAUAUUUCGACACAGAUUUAAAAUAUGACAUGGCGAUCAAGCUUGCCGCUCUUCACAUGCAGCAGAAGGCAACAGAAGCGACACGCACCCUCCCUCUCAAGAUCACGGCGCGAGGAGUGGAGAAGGAGUUUGAUGGGCUCGAGACGUUCGUGCCUGAGAAUUUGUUGAACGGAGUGAAGACAAAGGAACUCCGCAAGGCUCUGGAGCAACAGAUCAAGCAUAACCAGAGUUUGGCCGCGCCUGGUCAGCGGUACAUGGGUAGUAGAGAGUGUAAGCGAAAUUACCUUCGGAUCGCGUCAGAGCUGGUCUCGUACGGCGGAAAAUACUUCAAGGUCGUGCUUUUCACUACAACUGCAGGAAGCAAGUCUCGGAAGGCUCGGCAACAGGAAGCGACACUUCUCGUCAGUCCUAAGUACGGUCUGAGCCAAGUCAUCAAAGGCAAAGUGAAUGUGCUCUGCCAGCUUGCCGACUUGGAUCAGAUAACAAAGUUUUCCAUCUCGUUUCACGCCGAGGGCAAGCGACUGCUGAAAGUGUCUGUCAAUGAAAGCAAGGAUAUCCUGUUACUUGUGAGCCCGUUGGACAGCAUGGACCUCGUCACUUUCGUCAUCGGCUAUCAGAAGCUGUGGGAGAGGCCGUGCGCGUCAUUACAGAUUGAAGGCCAGGAUCCACAGACGCCAUUCGCCGAUGGCAAGACCGCUGAAGCUCCAGCCUACCCAGCAGUCCAUCGCGUUGUUCCCGAUUCCUGGUCUUACCCUACAUUCCUCCAAGUCCCCGGAAACAGCAUCGACAGCAACUUUUACGUUGACUUAUCAAAAGACCCUCCCCAAGUUGGGAGUAGUGAAAGUUUUGAUGAUACAACAAAGCGUUCCUCUGACCAAGAAGAUCUCCAGGAAAUAUCUGGAAAUGGUAGCUCAGGGGGUAAUGUUGACCAGGUUUCCAUGCCAAAGAGGUUGAAGAUGGACCCAUUCCCGCCCAAGCCAUCUCGCGCAGCAUCACUGGGAUUAUACAGAAUUGCCGAGGAAGAGAACCACGAGCCUGGAAACGAGCAAGACGAGGCGACGGAGGAUGACUGGAUCAACCAACUAAACGUGGCUGAACAAAUGUUCUUGGAAUCUAAAUCGAAGACGGAAAAUCCAGAAGGUGAAAUAAAAGACCAAGACAGUGACGAAAGCGAAGAAGUAAACACUCGAAGUGCCAUAGACCAUGAUGAACAGAAGACAGUCGACGAAAAAGAAUUGAUGAUUGACAAUUACCAAAAGAGCGUAGCACGUGCAAAGGCAAGUGAAGAGAAGCCCAACACAGAACAAAUGGGGUGCACAGAUACAACCGUCCUAAACAAGUACGAUCAAACGGGCUCGGGGGAUAAGGUGGAUGCUAAAAAUGAUAGCAACGAGAACGGUGAACAUUUUGAAUGGCCAGAUAGGGGGUCUAAGGCAGACGACCAAAGCGAUUCUAUGUCUGAUGCAAGUGGCAGUGCGGGAAGCAGUGAAGACGCUGUGAUCGAUUUUUGUCCGGAGUCAACACAAUUAGACGAUGUUUCCUUGUGCAGUCCGUCCGGGUCGCCAAAGAAGUAUAACGGUGAUUCAUGGCCUGAUUUUGAAUGCUUCCUCCGUCCGAGUAGGCCCUCACAGGAGAAGGAUUCGCUUCCUGAGGACGAGUGUGACGACGCUCACCUUACGGAUGACAUGGCUCGUUUAAAUGAUGACGAUGAAGACGAUGAUGAUGAUGAGUCACUAUUUAGUAUGUACCUCAGAAACACUGGGGCUGUCGGUGCAGAAACAGAAAACAGCAUGUGUCGUCAAACUUAUUCGCCCAGUGCUUAUAGAUCUAAGGUACAAGAAGAACAAAGUCACGGAUUUGUUAGUGGGGGUUGCGAUAGCGAUGAGUCAAGACAAAGAGAUUUGACAGCAGAGUCGGAUGAACCUUCAAAGACGGCUAAGGUAAAUCUGAAGGACUCGAAUAACGAUUUCAACACUGAUGAAAAUCUGGAGUCGAUUUCUAUAGAUGUGGACUUUGAAAGCAGUUGUUCUUCGAGUACUGGUGAGGAUUCCUCCGAUCUUCAAGGAACUUAUGAUGUCGAAGAGGAAGAAGGAAGGGAUGGAAAAGUCGAACUCUUUAAUAGAGAAAGCACCAAGCUUCUGUCGUACAAGUUAAAGGAAUAUGUUCAUUAUAACGACUCGCCUGUUCCUAUUUCUGUCGAUGGAGAUAGUGGAUCUAGCACUUCUUCGUCAGCUUCUGAAUCUUUUGCCAUGUACCAAGUUAACGAAGUAGAUAAGUCUGACAAGGAGGGAUGGAAGGAGAAGGAGGGGGGAGUAGAUGAGUCAGAGAAGGAGGGAUGGAAGACGGAGGGGGAAGGGCAGAGGGAGGAGAAGGAGGAGGGAUGGAAGAAGGAGGUGGAAGGGCAGAGGGAGGAGAAGGAGGAGGGAUGGAAGAAGGAGGUGGAAGGGCAGAGGGAGGAGAAGGAGGAUGAUAAAAGUGACUCGCAUACGAAAUUUAAAAGUUUGUUUUGGAGGCAAAACGCCGUCCGGACAAUUAGUGAAAGGUCGACUGAGUGUGACCUCGAAGAUGAGGAAAACUCGUCAACUUGGAACGAGCCAUUACUUCAUAGCACGGGACAUCCCGAGGUAAACAUUACAGGUAACGACGGUUCGAUAUCGGCUCAAGAAUCCGAAACUGUUCCUGUUACACCGUAUCUUAUUCUCGGUGAGGACCCAGGGGAAUCCGAAGACGCUGGGGUUGUAGAAGAACUCGAGAAACACAUAGAUUUGGACCCAGAGGGAUUUGAAGUCGCUAGGGGUACAGAAGAACACGAGAAACACAUGGAUUUGGACCCAGAGGGAUUUGAAGUCGCUAGGGGUACAGAAGAAGACGAGAAACACAUGGAUUUGGACUUAGGGGAAUCUGAAGACGCUUGGGGUACAGAAGAACACGAGAAACACAUGGAUUUGGACUUAGGGGAAUCUGAAGACGCUUGGGGUACAGAAGAACACGAGAAACACAUGGAUUCAUUUGAGGCUACCCUUCCUGCGGAAUGGCUCAUCCCAUCUCCCCCACCUGCCACUGAGGAAUUAUGGGAAAUCAAAGUAGUGUCGCCGCCUCCUCUAAACCUCAGUAUUACUCCUACAGCGUUUGAGCUUAGUAGCAGUAACAGUGAUGGCUAUGUUAAAAUAGAGAUCGACGAGAUCGAGAGGUUCAUUCUACCACCCCCGCCACCAGUCGGUGACAAUAAGGAAAGCGUCCAAACCGUUUCGCAACCUCAAAGGGAACAAAGCAAUGGAGCUAUGUCACACACUCCAUUAGAGGAUAACGAUAAAGAGAGUGCUCUGAAAACGCACAACCAUGAGGCCAUAUCCCCCUUUGAAUUGGAGACCAACAACAAAGAGCGUUCACAAACUAUUCCGCUGCCUCAGACGACGCACAACCGUGAAUCAAUAUCGCGUACGCUAUUACAGGCAGACGAGGUUCUUCAAACUGUCAAACCACCGCAAGGAGCACAAUGCAAUGAUACGAUAUCACCAACAUCAGUUGUACACGAACUGGACUUUACUACGCUCUUGAAAAGACGAUGGUGCUCUCAGGAAACACUUGUCAGUAGAGAUACGGGCUUUUAUGGACAACGGGGCCACAAUAUGCAGUCAGGGUAUGAGGUUCCUUUAGAUCUGUUGGGGUCAUUAGCCAUUAAAGAUCACAGCGAUGCCGACAAUGAUACGGUGGAGAUAUCGAAAGACUCUGGUGUUAAUAGCGAUCUAGAGAGUCGUAGCGGGAAUUCAAGUUGUUCGAGUGUUCAAUCGGUAUUGACCGACUCAAAUAGCGACCCAAAGAACGAGUCAAGGAAUUCCGUCUUCAAUAUGAAAAGGACGGCGUUACUGGCGUACGUAGAACAGUUUGAGGAAAACGAAGAGAGAAGCUCAGAUGACGAUUCGGAGAAUAGUUUUUCAGACUCUUCCGAAGAGUCCAUCGAACUCUUUGUUGAUAGUACAAGUGAAAACGACGUGUUUACAGCUGUCGAUGAACCAAAUGACGGUCAAGAAGCGAUAUGUGAAAGCACGAGUGACCACUGCAAGGAAACCAUCAGUAAGAAAGAUAUUAGUCUAAGAAGCUCGAAGGAAAAUCUUCAGAACUUCAGAAAGCCCCCUAUACCCCCAAAACCUGACUUCAAGACCCAGCAUGCAUCGCAGGGAGUGUCUCUUAUUUCACGUAACAUACAACAGGGAAAUCAUAUUAACUGUGAAUAUGACUAUAGCAAAGAGACUUAUGAAAUGGCAGUCCAUGCAGAAGACAAAAAUACGCCAUACGCCAUGAUGAAUGGAAGUGCACCUUGGGAAUCGAUGGUCGCGACAGGUCCAGUCAGCUCAGCCGACGAUCAUGAAGCGAUCACGAAAUUACAAGAAACGAAAGGUUCUCGGACACUCAACGACAAAAGAAGUGAAACUAGGAAGUUUUCUCUCGAGAGAGAUAAAAGCGAUGGUUUUUGUAAUGAUUGCAACCAUGAAGAAAGCACAAUGUCAUCAAAUCCGGAUGAAUUCAUUAAUAUGUCGAAUCCGAAACAGGUAGAAAGAACGUUUUCUUCAGUGAAUGUCGAAACCACUAACGCAACGUCCAUUGAACUAGAACAAGGUAUUCAAAAUUCAAUCAGGACUUUAGUAAAGAAAAAGUGUUCAAGCAAAGAGCUUCCACGUCACGAAACCACAAAACUCGACCAGCAAAAGUUACUCGCAAAGUACUGUUUGGAUGCGCAAACUGAGAGCUUACAAUUUUUGGAAAAGCUAAAGAAACGGCUCGACGACUGUUCAAAGGAUAUGAAUGAGCCUUUCAACAUACUUCAAGGAAGCACGCACUGGAUUGUAGGAAUGCAGAACAACGCUAGGUUUCUAGCUCGUGACGUCACGCUUGUUGAUACUAACGCUAAGCAGCUCAAUUUCCAAGUCUUAUCUGCAAUGCGCACAUCUCUGGACACGAUACAACAACUAGUGAACUCUUGUGCUACCGCGAGCACUACCCAGCAGCGGGUGUCCAGUUAUCGCAUGCGCAUUCUGAUAGGUAUUGUAACUGAUGUUGUUUUGCUAUACGGUGAGCUCAUUACGCAGGCGCAAGAAACUGUGCGUAUGCACGACGACGAGGCUAGCCGGAAGCGGCUGUCAGAGAAGACUGCUGCCAUGACGACGCUGAUUGCGUCACUCAUUCGAACACUUAAAAGGUUUUAAAGCUGUUGUUUCAUCAUCCUGGUAGCUAAGGCUGCGUUCACACUAUCGCCGAAACAUCGUAAAAAAGUAAUCAACCACCUUGAAUAACUCAUUUUGAUAGAUUUAAUAUGAUCUUAUUAAUGUUAUCUACUUCUUGUACUUUUGUACAAAUUUGUCAAUUUUAAGGUACACUAGAUCCUAACAUCUUUUUAGUCAUCACGUUUCGCCUCCAGUGUGAAUGCAGCUUUAAAUGGCUACAGCUAAUACCAGUCGCUAAAGGCCACAGGUAGCCCAAGCUCUGUAUUUGUGCCUAUUUAUCAUAUGGUAAACAUUUUUACGAAACACAAAAAAAUAACUUGCUGGAAAGAAAAAUGUAGUUUAGUAUUAUGUUUAUGUUCACGUUUUGCGUGUUCUCUGGCCAUUCUAAAGCGUCUUUGGUGUUUUUGAAGAAUCCCGAUUCAAACAAUGUUCUGCAGGGCGCUUUAAAAUGCCGCAGAGAACACGCAAACACAAUACUUAAAUAAAAUACGUAAAACUUUUACCGUAAGAUCAAUAGGCACAAAUACAGAGCUUGGGCUACCUGUGUAAAGGCUUGUCCUCAUUAGGACGUAAGCACAAGCGCAAGCACAGAAGUGGGUAUCGGUCACAGACAAGCGCAAGCUAAAGAAAAUCAAGCAGUUGCGUUAAUUUGUGCUUGCUGGUGCGCUUGUGUCCCAAUGGGAAUCGAAAAAUAAUGUGAUGGUGACAAAGUAACGUAAUGAUGACUUUUGUGUUUUGUGUUUUUCUUUUCCUGGUUGAUAAGUACAACUUUUUAUAGGUUUUUUUCUCAAGUAAUUCUAAUUCAGAAACUUAUUUUAACUAGAAAAAAAUAUUUAAAAAGCUCAAUUGGAAUACAGAGAGAAAUUGGAAUGUUUAACCAUUUAUUGGUAUUCUUAAUAUAUAUAUAUAUAUAUAUAUAUUUAAAUAUGCUUAUAUAUUAGUGUAUUUAUUAAAUCGUAGAGUGGAUUUAGAGUAUAUAUCGUUUUAAAAUUUGGUGGUUUUAUCGAGGUAGUGUAAUUUGAAUACCCUCGGACUUUUUAUUACUUUUAAAAACUAAGCUGAUUCCACAAAUGUUGGGUCAUUUAAGUACGGUAAUAAACAUAUUUUUAUUGA